GUAAGCCUAUUGUGGUCAGCUUUCAUAGAGUUUCUGUAUUAUAAUAGACCAAAUCAGAUUGAUAAGGAGUAGGAUGAAGGAUAGGAAUGCUUCUGCUGAGCCUGUGGUGAAGCCAGGAUUAUCACCAUCAAGAUUUGUGAAGGUUUUCAUGCAUGGGGAACCCUUUGGGAGGAAGAUCAAUUUGGCUCUCCAUAACAACUAUGACUCUUUGUCCUUCACUUUAAAAAAAUUGGGCAACAACUAUUCCAUGUCACCAUUUGAACUUGAAGGCUUGGUGAACAAGGAAGAAGAUGGUGCAAUAGACAGCGACUUUGACCUCUUGUAUGAUGAUAUGGAUGGUGUUCGUUACUUCCUUGGUGAUGUCCCAUGGGAGGUUUUCACCACUACAGUGAAAAAGAUCUACAUUGUCCCUGCAGAACAACAGAAUGAAAAUGAUUAUCAGGAGGAGGAAGAGGACAACGCGGCUGCUGCUGCUACUGCUGACGAAGAUGGAGAUGGAGCUGCUGCUGACGAUGGCGUUGCUGCUGCAGCUGACGACGUUGACGAUGUUGCUGGAUACACGAGCAACGAUGACCCAAGCUUCGACUGAUAUAGCUACAUGGCUAUCGCAAGCAUAGCUGCAACCGCGUCAUCUCGUCCAAUCUAUCUAUCUCCAAUAAUUAAUUCUCUGCCGCUUUUAAUUAGCUCCAUAUAUAUGCUGCUACCAUCAUCCGUUGUUGCUACCCUUGUAAGAGACUAAUAAUGUUUUAAUUAGCUUCUAAGUGCUGAAAUGGCAUCGGUUAAGAAAACUAAGCGUUGCAGUUGUUACUCCUGACCAGGGGUAGAAUAAUAUUGUCCUUGUGCCAUCUCAGUGUUCUUAUAUCGAUCUCCAUGAAUAACAUAUGAUUAUUAUCGUA